GAAAAUAUUAGAGAAAAUAUUAAAGAGAAAUAAAAACGAUAAAGAAAGGAAGAACUUUUGUUCGAUAAAGUUUAAAGAUCGAACAACGGCGAUGAACAACGGUUCACCGCAAAAUUCUGAUACGGCUGCCCAGCAACAUCGUAGUGGCGUUGACAACAGCGAUGAAGAGGAAUGGAGUGGUGUAGUAGAAUGUGCUGUACUAGAACGAUCCAAGUCAGAUCGUGUAUCAAGAGUGAACGAAGAUAGAAGACGUCGUACCAUUAUCGUGGAAAAGAAAAACGGCACGUAUGGUUUCACAUUACAGAGUUAUGGAAUACAUUAUAAGAGAGAACAAGAGAUAGAAAUGAUCACAUAUGUCGAUUAUAUAGAAUAUGAUGGACCUGCAUUCAAAGCAGGUAUGAGAGAAGGUGACGUUAUACUUUCUAUAAAUGGUCAUGAAAUGGAUCGAGCUGAUCAUACUACCCUUGUGAACUUUAUAAAGAACUGUGAUACCAGAAUGAGAAUGGUCGUAUCAUUUGAGGAUUGUGUGAGAAAGGUACGAUUACAUAUGCAUUAUCUGGAGCUGCAACGUACUCUUCAGUUACGCUUAGGUGAGCUUGAAAGAUUAUGUGAAAGAGAACGUUCUAUAUUGAUGGGUCGAUGGAAGACACAUUCGCUUCCAGCACGUAAAAGAACACCCAGUAGUAUUAUCACAAGUAAUCCUAAUCAACCAUCUCCAUCAUCGAGUUUUAAUUCGUCAACCAUUCAAUGUUGUCGACCUGCAACAUCUACGGAACAUCUUUUGCUUUACAAUUUGUUCGGUGAUGGUCGACCAUGUUUGAUACCACGUGCUGCUUGUUUGGUAACAGUAGGACCACCACGUUCUCGAAGCGAUCAUCAUCAGUUUCUUUCAAAGAUGCCCAGCGAAUCUGGUGCGUCCACUUCUUCACGUCAUAGUUAUCAUCAAGCAAAUAGUAUGAGCGGUACACCAGCGAAAAUGAAGUCACACAAAUCUUGUCAGCAGCAACAGAAUUCGUCGACGAGCGGAGACAUAUCGGUUCAUCAUUCUCAACAGAAUAGUCUAUGCGUCGCUUGUAUCUCAAGUGCUAAUCGUCGUCGAGAACAAUCGGAUACUGGUAGUUUGGACGCAUAUGAUCUGGCUAGCCCUUGCUGCGAUCCAAACUGUGUUCCAAGUCGUAGAAGACGUGAGAAACAACGUCGAGCUAGAAACGAACAAAAUCAUCUUCAGCAACAACAAUUACAGCAACAGCAACAACAACAACAGCAACAGCAGCAGCAACAACAACAGCAACAACAUGCGGCACAGGCUCAACGAGAACAACAACAGCAACAGCAAGGACAACAGCAGCAACAGCAACAACAACAGCAGCAGCAACAACAACAACAACAACAACAACAGCAACAACAACAACAACAACAGCAACAACAACAACAACAACAACAUGGUACGCACAAUUGUUCCAGAUCUUCCGGUCAUAGUCUUCACUCCAUUACCAGUAGUGACGUAUCAACUACUGCUGAUAGCGUAGCUUCGUGUUCCACUAGUCUAAGCACAGACACGCUUUACUGGGAUCCAAAUGUUCACCAAAGACCGCCACCGUGCCUUCAAUAUGCCAAACCCAAGUCAUGGGAUAAUUUAACUACAAAAGCUUUCGGUGGAUAUGGAUUUGGAUAUGGUUAUCUGGAUACAGCUACAAUAAAGACACACAGUGCUGAACGACCUGGAAAAGGAGGUCAUGGUCGUGCUAAGACACCUACUGGUACAGUACAAAGAAGAACAAGUAGCAGUACAUCUUAUUCCACUGGCAGUACUCGACAUUUUCAACCUACCAAGUCUACCGAAAGCCUUCUCAUACCGCCUCCUUAUCAAAACGAGUUAGAUGGUAGUAUAAGCUGUGAAUGUCUAGAUGAACCCAGUCCAAGAUUUUUACCGGUCGUUCAAUUGGAAAAACAUAAAGAAUCUGGCUAUGUCGCUAGUAAUCAUGCUCAAAUCAGACAUCGACGUUCUAGUCAUUCUGAAGGAAAACUCAGAGCAAUUAACAGCUCGGAAGUAACUCGAUUGUGAAUUUAUUUCUUCUUAGAUUUCUGUAUACGCUGGGAUAUUAUAUAAAAUGAGCGUUGUACCAUAUCCGUGGGGUGGUCCUCUUUCUACUCUUGCCAAUUUAUCUUUUUUUUUAUUAAAGCUUAUAUUUCUUUUUACUGAGAAUAUGUUUGACAUUUUACAAAGUAAAUUCGUUUCUUUUUCUAAACACCUGAUUGUACUUGGAAGAGUUUAAUAAAAUUCGAAUUAAUGGAAUCUGUGUUUGAAAUGAAAAUUUUAAUGAAAAGUAUUUCUCCUCGAAUAAUUAGGUGUUAACAAUGCUUCCUCGUUUAUACUAUAGUUGCAUGUCCAUUUUCUAAUGGAUGAGACUGUAAUAUUAUUCUACAAUGAAAGAAAUAUAAAACUGCACUUGGAAUUGUCUCUUUGAUCAAUGUAGAAGCUAAUAAAAGUUUGAUAAAUUUUUUAAGGAUGCACCGAGUAAUAGCCAACAAUUUAACAUAUUAGCUACCCACUUCCAUGGACGAAACAAAUAAACAUUAUGAAUAAAAAAAAAAUAAAAAUCUA